AACAUCUAGAAGUUUAGGACUAGUUUUUUAGAGUCAGUCUGUGAUGGAGGUGCGCUUUGGACAGGUGCCGCUCACCGUUACGCACAGGCACGGCGGGGUGAACCAGCUCGGCGGUGUCUUCAUUAACGGCCGCCCGUUACCGCACUUGGUGAGGCAGCGCAUCGUGGAGCUCGCGCAACGGGGCGUGCGUCCCUGUGAGAUCUCCCGCCGCCUGCGCGUCAGUCACGGCUGUGUCAGCAAGAUACUGGCCAGGUAUAAUGAGACAGGAAGCAUCAGACCCGGGGUGAUCGGAGGCUCUAAGCCCAAAGUGGCCACUCCCAGAGUCGUGCAAACAAUCCUACAUCUGAAACACAUCAACCCCACCAUGUUCGCCUGGGAGAUCCGAGACAGGCUGCUGCUGGAGCGGGUGUGCGAUCACAACAGUGUGCCCAGCAUCAGCUCCAUCAACAGGAUCAUCAGAAACAAAGUCCAGUCUGAGUCUUGUGAAGUUGUUUCAUCUGCAUCAUCUGUUACCAUGGGAACAGCCUACUCCUCUGAGUCCACCUAUUCCAUCAGUGGGAUUCUGGGAAUCAGGAAAUGCAGCCACAAACAUAAGGAAGGAGGGGACGUCUCCUGCAGCGUCUACCCCGACCAGCCAUGCUCCUGUAAUGAUGCCUGGGGAUGGUCCGACCCCUGCCUGACCUCUAUCUCCAGUCUGACCUUCUACAGCGGCCUGCCAGCAAAUCAUAAUCCAGAGCUCUUAGAUGGAUCCUGGUCUACGCUGUACCAGGCAGAUGGCAGAUUCUGUGUGGGCGAGCCAUUUGCUAAUGUCAACGAUGUCAACAGAGUGCCCCAUGGUGGCGGUGGGGUUAUGACAUGUCACCCACUGAGCAUGUUUGACAUGAUCUGGAUCAGCGUGUAUGACAAAGCCAUUGAAGAGUGGGCCAACGCUCACAGGCCGCAAUCAACAACCCGAUCUACCCUAUACGGAGAUGUGUCGCACUACAUGAGGCAGACGGUGGUCACACUAGAUACUGACUGA